AUGAAGCCCAACGCCGAGUGCGAUAACAAGGACUGCGUCAAGCGCCAGGAGGAGUACAAGGCCAAGCUCGCCGCUGCGCCCAAGGUCGAGCAGAAGAAGCAGGAGGAGCCCGCCAAGCCCAAGCACGAAACCAACGAGUGGGGCAUCACGGUGGUGGAUGACGAUGAGGAGGAGGAGGUGCAAGUGCCCGUCGCCAAGGCCCAGGAGGCGCUGCCCGACGGCCUCGUGCGAUCGUUUGAUGCGGCCAAGCUGGACGUGAAGGCCGGCGACAUCGUGCAGACCGACGACGCCCUCGAUCUGGACGACCUUGCCGCCCAGCUCAAGGGCCUCUCUUCCUGA